CUAAAAACCCACAACUGAUAUGAAACCCAAAUAAUCAUUUGUACGCAACACUAGAUAGAAUGAAUGAUUCAUGAUGCCUUUAAAAGAGGCCUAAGAAGUGAAUAUGAGGCACAUAUCCUUUUGUUUUUUGGUUUGACUCUCUACUACAUAGGCUGUGUGCUCUGGUGAAGUGUGAAGCUAUUUCUAUACUGCACCUGAACAACUGAACGGAAAUGUCGGCGGCAGCAGGAGGAAGGUACGCCACCACGGUGUACAACGAGGUGUUGCCGUUUGCGGCUUUGGUGGUGAUGGAGUGCAUAAAUGUGGGGCUGAACACACUGUUCAAAGCGGCUACAAACCAAGGCAUGAGUAACCAUGUCUUCGUCGUCUACGCUUAUGGCGUUGCCGCCAUCUGUCUCCUCCCAUCCCCCUUCUUCUCCACCAGAUCAAGAGUGCUUCCGCCACUCAACUGCUCCGUCGCCCUCAAGAUUCUCCUCCUCGGCGUCAUCGGAUGCGCAUCACAGGUGAUGGGUUAUGCUGGAAUAAGCUACAGCUCACCAACUCUAGCUUCUGCAAUAAGCAACCUUGUCCCUGCCUUUACAUUCAUUCUUGCACUCUUUUUCAGGAUGGAGACACUGGUGUUAAGAAGUCCUACAAGCAGGGCCAAAGUGAUGGGCACUAUAGUGUCAGUAACGGGAGCUUUCGUAGUGACACUGUAUAAGGGUCCUAGAAUUGCUGUUACUACUACUACUUCACCCCAUACAACUUCUAAUGUCAUUGGGUUUUUAAGCUCGACACAGUCAAACUGGAUGUUGGGAGGACUUUUUCUUACAACUGAGUAUCUUUUGGUCCCAAUGUGGUACAUAGUCCAGACACAAAUCAUGAAGGUAUAUCCAGCAGAACUAACUGUGGUUUUCUUCUACAACUUAAUUGUGAGUGUACUUGCUGCGAUUGUGGGCGCAUUCAUGGUACCAGACCUGACCAAAUGGAAGAUUAGACUGGAUAUCUCACUUGCCUCUAUCAUAUGCUCAGGGAUCUUUGGGUCUUUUGUGAACAAUACCAUCCACACCUGGGCACUAAGAGUGAAGGGACCAGUCUAUGUAGCAAUGUUCAAGCCACUGUCCAUCGCCAUAGCCGUGGCCAUGGGAGUUGUCAUCCUGGGUGAUACUCUCUACUUGGGAAGCAUCAUUGGAUCAACAAUCAUAGCCAUUGGGUUUUACACCGUGAUGUGGGGAAAAGCCAAGGAGAAGGAUGACAACCUUAAAGCUAGUGAUUUGGAGUCCUUGACUGCUGAAAAGUUACCCUUGUUACAAGGUCGUAAAUGUGAAGACAUGCUAAACGAGUCAUCCGAUAGAUAAAAGUGUGUAGUUUGGUCAAUUGUGUGAUGUAAAAUAUCUAUGCAUCGUGAAAGCACUGCAAGAACUGAAACAUGUGCACUUAGGAACUAAGAUAUGUAUUAAAGUAGUUAAUCAAAUUGGGUGCAAGAAGGGAGAAGGUGCCGGAUGUGCUACCUUGGCUCUCUGUUCAUAUUACUACAUCCUCUAGAAAAAAACACAAUAUCUUCCCCUUUAGGCAUCCAUUUUCUAGCAAAAAAAAAAACAAUAUCUU